ACAUUCUCGCCAGUGACCCUGCAGGGCAGCUACGAAUAUGACCGCAUCAUAAAGACCGGCGAAGUGUUAAAGCGGACCAGAAAGACGAAGCAUCCGCAGACGUGGAAGCCAGUGUUCCUCGUCCUGCGACCCAAUCUCCUGUCCAUCUACAAAGACCGAGAGGAAACCAAGCUCAAGCAUCAGGUCAAUCUGUCCGAACUCACGGCCGUCGCUCGCCAAAAGGAUCCGAAACGAAAAGAGAAGCCCAUUUUCGCCCUCUUCUCGCCCUCCCGCAACUUCCAUCUCGAGGCCUCAUCCGACACAGCGGCGCAAGAAUGGGUCGAGUUGAUACGGCAGGAAGCGCGUAUGGAAGAGCGAGAAGAGGAAAUGUCUCUGGCCGGCUCAGGUAGUGCGAAUGCCGUCCCAUCGGCCGAUGAUCGCACAGCAGGUUAUAGUUCGUCGGAUGCUGAAGCCUUCGGACGCAGCCAACCUCUUCCUAAAAGGCGGGAACGGACGAGUGUCGGCUUUGGCAAUCGUAAAUCUUCACACGUAGAUUACUCUGGCGCAGAUCAUGGAUCAUAUUCUGAUUUCUCGGAUUCGGGCUUCGGUGCUGCUGCACGAAUGUCUGCCCUUUCUCUUGCCCAUACUGAAGGACGGCCGUCCACGAGUUCAGCGAAUCCCUCGCAAAUGUCUGGGCUAGCACUGGGCACUGAUGAGAAUAAAAGGGCAACCUAUCCCACCGACGACGAGCGCGUAAUACAUCAUGGGUGGAUAUAUCUCCUCAAAUCCAAGUCUGGCGUGCGGCAAUGGAAGAAGGUCUGGAUGGUCCUGCGACCCAAAGCACUAGCCAUGUACAAAAACGAAGAAGAGUACACAGCACUCCUCAUAUUACCCUUCGCAAGCAUUAUAGAUGCUGUGGAGAUUGAUGCAGUCUCGAAAAGCAAGACGUCGUGCAUGCAGAUCAUCAGCGAGGAACGAAAUUAUCGCUUCUGUGCCGUGGACGAGGACAGCCUGGCACGUUGGUUGGGCGCGCUGAAAAGCUUGUUGGCCAAACGCAAG